AUGAGUUCUCCAGGCGAGCGAGGUGCAGCGUCUCCGCGGCUCGAGGCUGUCAUCCAGAAGCUGGAGGAGUCUCUUCUCCAACCAGAUGACGGUGUUGUGGAGAGCAGCCUGACGGGGCGAGGGGAUGCCCCCACCCCCACCUGCACCUCCACGCCGGUCUCCACACGCAUCCGCCAGAUCAUCACCCGCAACCUAGCCGAGCCUCCCACCGGUAAGACCCCCACAGAGGUCUAGGGGUUAGAGGAGAACCGGGAUCUGCAGGAGCAGCUGAUCCAGGGCCGGGCUGAGAGAGACCACCUGCUGACCAGACAGGCUGCCCUCACAGACAGGCUGGAGCAGAUGCUAGGUCUGCAGCCCGGAGACUCGGAUCAGGAGAGCGUGACCUCACAGCACCAGCAGAGAGAGGAGCGCUCUUAUAGGCUGAAGCUGCAGGCCUAUCAGGAAGGCCAACAGCGGCAGGCUCAGCUGGUGCAGAGGCUGCAGACCAAGGUACUCCAGUACAAGAGGCGCUGUGGUGAGCUGGAGGAACAGGUGCUGCAGAAGACCUCUGAGUCUGAGAAGAUCAGGCUGUCGCUACAGGCCCAGCUGGACUCAUUGGCCCACAGGCUCCAGAGGAGGGACCAGGACCUCAGCCAGGCGGUCCACAGCAAGCAGCUGCUGGAGGAGGAGCAGAGGAGGUGUGCCGGGCUGGGCCGCGUGAACAGCCUGCUGAGGGAGCAGCUGCAACAGGCGGGUGCCGCCCAUCAAGCCCUGGAGGAGAGGGUGGAACAGGACAGACAGGCCCUGGAGGAGAAGGACGCACGCCUGCGACAAGAGCAGGAGACGAGUGCCUCGCGGCUAGGACGUGAGCAGGCCCGCGUCAGGGCCCUGUGGCGCCAGGCCGUCUCCCUCCGGAGCUCCUGCACCCAGCUGAGGGCCUUUGCUGACAGGAGUCUGUCGGAGGUGCAUGGGGAGUGUGUCAGCGCCACACGCAGACUGCAUGCUGCCUGUUUGAGUGUGGAGGCCAGCCAUGCACAGCACAGUGCCCCUGCUGGCCUGGAGGCCUCAGGGCUGGAGCUCCAGCUGAGAGACAAGCUGAAGGAGGCCAUGCAGCUGCAGGGACGCUGGGACGCCGAGAAAGUAGAGCUCAACACCAGGAUCCUGGAGCUGACUGACAUGGUGAAGAAUUUGAGAGCUCAGAAUAGUCAGAAGGACUCCAGCCUGGCUGCCAUGGAAACCAGCCUGGACAGGAUGGAGGCUGGCAGGAUGGAGGACAAGGAGGAGAGGACCAGCCUGCGCUCUGAGGUGGACACCCUCCAGCUGACCCUCCACAACAUCAACCAGUUGAUUUGUGGUGAAGGUUUCUCCUCCCCCUCCUCCCCCUCCUCCCCCCUGAGAAGCAGCACGCUGGCGGCUGUCCAGACGGCCCUCGCCCAGCACCAAACCCAGACACAGGACCUGCAUGGGCGGCUGGCGGAGGCUCUGGAGGAGGUGGGCUCCUUACGCUCCCAGCUGCAAGAGGCUGAGGAGGCCAGGGGGAGGCUGGAGGAGAGGCUGCAGGAGCAGCAGAGUGAGGCCCAGAGGCUGAAGACCACCCUGGAGGAGGGCCUGAGAGACAGCCAGAGAUGCCACACCUCCCUGAACGUCCUGCACAGUGAGAAGGGCAGCCUGGAGCGGAGGCUAGCUGAGUUGCAGGGAGACGCAGAGGCGCGGGGAGCAGAGCUGGAGGAGGUGCAGGGAGCAGUCCUGGAGCUCCAGAGAGAGAGAGACCUGCUGAGGCAGAAGAGAGAGGACCUGGAAGAGGAGCUGGGUCUCCAGCGCAGCCAGACCCAGAGAGGCCAGAGGAGCCUGGAGGUGCUGGAGGGAGAGCACUCAGAGCUGAGGAGAGACCUGGUGACCCUGAGGGAGGCUCUGGGUCAUGUGACCCUGCAGAAGGAGGUGCUGCAGGACGACAAGAGCAGCCUCACCCUGGCCCUCAGCAAGGUGGAGUCCCAGAAUGCCGAGCGGGAGCUGGGCGUGGCCAGGCUGCAGAGCCAGGAGGCUGGUCUGAGAGACUCCCUGUCCAAGAUGGCCGCCCUGAGCGAGGGCCUGGCCAGCGACAAGGUGGAGCUCAACCGCCUCCUGCUGCAGGCGGAGGGGGAAAAGGCGGAGCUUAGUGAGCGGUGCAGAGAGGCGGAGCUAGAACGGGCGUCGGCCAGGGAGGCGGGACUGCGUCUGCAGCGGGAGCUGGACGACCUGGGGGCGGAGCGGCGCGCGCUGGAGGGUUCCCACGGCAACCUGCUGCAGGAUCGCCAGAGGCUGCAGGAGGAGCUGCUCCUGCUCCAGAGACAGCAGGCCCACACCCUGGAGCUGCAUGAACAGGUAAGCAGACAGCUGCAGGUGCAGGGUGAGCAGCUGUCCCAGGCCAGCAGGGGGCAGGAGAGCCAGGCUUCGGCCCUGCAGAGAGCCUCCCUGGAAGGGGAGCAGCUGACCAGAGACAGGGCCCGCUUGGAGGUGCUGCUCCACGCUGCCCAGCGCAAGGCCUGCGGACUCACCCAGGAACUGGCUGCUCUCAGGGCAGAGAAGGACUCCUUGGAGACAGCUCUGUUUGAGGGCCAGGAGGUGACCUCCUCUCUGGAGGCAGAGCGAGCUGGUCUGGAGGGGGAGAGACGCAGCCUGGUGCAGGCCAACGAGACGCUGAUGCGUGAGGGGGCUGGACUGCGUGUGGAGCUCCAGAGGGUGGAGAGCAGGGCAGAGCAGGAGCGGAUCCAGCUGCAAGAGAGGCUGGCCCAGGUGGAGAGCAGCACCCAGCAGGCCCUGGCUGCCCUGGAGCUCACACACGCCCAGGAGCUGGAAGCUGAACGCAGGGACAAGGAGCAGCAGGACGCUGCCCUGGCCCAGCAGCAGCAGAUACACAGCGUGAGGUGUGAGGAGAGUGAGGCUCGGCUGCAGCAGAGUCGCUCUCAGGCCCAGCAGCUGCAGGAGCAGCUGAACACAGCUCACACCCUCUGCAGCACCAGCCUGCUGCAGGCAGAGACCAGCAAACAGCAGGCUCUGUCCCAGAAGGAAGAAGAGAUGGCAGCUCUGGCAGAGCGCCUGGCAACCUUGCAGCACGACCUAGCAACCAGCGCCAUGGAAACGGAGCGUGUACGAAGAGACGCCCAGAGCGCACAGGAGCGUGACAAGGACACCAUCUCCAGUCUCCAGUCGGAGCUCAGGGCUCUGCAUUGUGGGUUCGAGGACAGCCUGAGCUCUCAGGAGAGAGAGCAGCGCAGCCUGGGAGAGCAGCUCAGAGAGAGCAGCCAGCAGAGAGACCAGGCUCAGCAGGAGGUGGGGGCUCUGCGGCGGGCGCUGGCGGGGGCGGAGGAGGAGCGCGAGGUGGGGCGGCGGGGGCUGGUGGAGGCCCACAGGGAGCUGAGGGAGGGUGUCCAGGACAGGGAGCGGCAGCGGCUGGAGGCCCAGGACCUGCGCAGGCAGCUGGGGGACGAGGCCCGGCACAGGGAGGCCCUCCAGACCUCCACCCUGGAGCUCCGCACCGCCGUCAGGAAAGCGGAGAGCGACAACAGCAGUCUGCGUCGUGGUGUGGAGGAGCGGGAGCAGAAGCUGCAGGUACUGGAGGAGGUCAGGAGCUCCCUGCAGCAGGAGGUCUCCUCCCUGAGGAGCAACAUGAGGGAGCUGGAGAAAUCCAGACUGCAGGCUCGCAGGCAGCUGCAGGAGCAGCGUAGACAGGUGAAGAGCCUAAAGGCUGAGAGCAGCCAGAGGAGUCAGGAGGAGGAGGAGCGGCAGGCCAGGGUCUCCCAGGAGGAGCAGCGGGAGGAGGAGGCGCGACGAGAGGCCUUCGCCCUCAAGCAGAGGGUCCUGGAGGCAGAGGCUGGCAGAGAGGCAGCCCUCAAUGAGGCGGGGGGGCUGCAGCGGCGCAUGUUGGAGCUGGAGGAGGCGGAGCGUCAGACCAGAGAGACUCAGCGGGAGAGAGAGGCAGAGCUGCAGCAGAGCGAGCAGAGGCAUCGAGAGGACGCCUCCCGCCUGCAGGGGGCGCUGGAGGAGGCGCGGGCACGCCUGGAGGAGCUGAGCCAGCGGGCCGGGCGGGCGGAGGGCCGGGCGAGGGGCCUGGAGGAGCAGCUGGGCCAGGCUGAUAGAGGCCACAGGGACCUGGAGCACAGGCUGGCAGGGCUCGCCUCUGCCCUGCGACGCACUCUGGGCCUGGGACGGAGCCCCUCCCCCCGGAGGUCUCGCUCGCCUGGGAAGGGUGGGGAGGGGGAGUGUGAGGGCCCUGGGGGGGCCCGGUCCCCCGGGGGCCCCCAGGGAGAGGACAGGGAACUUGACGUGGAGACAGUGCAGGGGGCUCUCCAGGACUUCCAGCAGGACUUGAGGGACACACAGAGAGACAGGGACGAGGCCAGGGCCCAGCUGUCCAGGGUGUCCCAGCAGGUGUCAGCCCUGCAGGCUGGGCAGCAGCGCUCUGACUCUGAGCUGCAGCUGCUCCAGAAGAGGCUCCUGGAGCAGGAGGAAGGGAAGAGGCAGGUGGCAGAGAGGCUGCAGGAAGCUCAGAGCAGCCUGUCCCUGCUGCAGGAAGUGACCCGCCAUGGGGACAGAGACAGGAAGUGCCUUGGGGAGGAAAUGACCAAACUGAGGUCCAGUCUGCAGACAACCGAGGCUAACUGCACAACUCAACAGGAGAGGCUGGAGCGUCUGCAGGCUGCGGAGGCUCGCUGGCAGGCAGAGCGCCGGACACUCCAGGCCUCCCUGGAGGCUGCGGAGGGGCGCGCCUCCCGCCUGGAGCUCUCCCAGCGCACCCUGGAGGGGGAGCUGCACCGCGCCCGCCUGAGGGCCUCCGAGCUGGGGGCGGAGCUGGGGGCGGCCCAGGACAGGCUGGCGGAGCUCCGCAGGGCGCUGGGGGACAGCGAGGGCCGGGCAGCCGGGCUGAGGGGGGCAGAGGAGCGGGCGACGGCAGCGCUGGCACGGGCAGAGCUCCAGGAGAGCCAGCUCAGGGAACAGCUGCAGGGCUUGUCCUCCUCGCUCAGUGACAGCAGCAGUACCGCCGCCGCCCUGCAGGAGGGCAGCACCGAGCUGACCCGCGCCCUGGCCGCUAGCGAGCAGGACCGCAGAGACAUGCAGGACCGUCUGGACCAGACGCGCGAGGCUCUCUCAGAGAGUAAGAGGCAGAGCCGUGCGCUGACGGAGCGUGCUCAGUGCCUGCAGCGGGCCCAGGAGGACGCGGAGCUGAGGGCGUCUGAGCUGGAGAAGCAGAGCUCAACCCUGAGGGAGGCGCUAAAGCAGAGGCAGGAGGCAGAUUUGCAGACCCAGGACGGCUCCCAGCUGCAGCUCCAGGAGAGAGAGCAGCUCCAGGAGAGGCUGGAAGCCCUGCACAGCUCCCUUGCCCGGCUGCAGGGGGAGAAGGAGGGGCUGGAGGGGCUGCUGGCCCGCCUGACCAGGGACAAGGCUUCCCUCAGGAACACCCUGGAGAAGGUGGAGCUGGAGAGGUUGAGGAGGGAGGAGGAGGCAGUGCUGGGGUCCAGGGAGAGAGAGCAGCUGGAGCAGGAGCUGAGGGAGGCGGCCCUGGAGGUGACCAGUCUGCAGGCCCAGGUGUCCCAGCUGGAGCAUGCUCACUCACAGCGCCACCUGGAGGUGACCACGCGUCACCGCCAGGAGCUGAGCCUGGAGGCGGAGCGGCUGAGAGGGAGCCAGCUGCAGGCGGAGCGCGCUCUGGAGGCCCGGGAGAGAGCCCACCUCCAGAGGGUCCUCUGCCUGGAGGAGCAGGUGUUGACUCUGAAGGAACAGCUGGAUCAGGAGAUAAGGAGAAGGCAGGCCUACGUGAGCCAGAUGCUGUGACAUGAUUGGCUGACACUGUGACCAGGCUCCAGGACGAGCCUCCUGAUAGGCUGACACUGUGACCAAUACCUCAUGAAUGGAAAACAUGCCAUGUUUUGUCCAUGAGUGUUUUUUUACUUGCGUGAAAACGCAAAGAAUUAUGGGUAGAAAAUUGGAUUUGACCAAACUCAGAAAUCCUCAACUAGGGUUUCUCUCUCUGGUCUCAUUCUGCAGGCCUGUUUUACUUUAUAAUAAUACUAUAUCACCUGGAUCUAUGUUGAUAGGCAACACCUGCAUAAUGUUAUCCUAAGGGUUAGAUGAUAGUUUGCUAAAUGUUUAUUCAUUGUUAGUUGAUCACCUUGUAACGUUUAUGAUCCUGCUUCCAGUCUGCAUGGGUUUAGAAGGUUACAUGAACACAGUACACAAGGGCAGUCAAACACCUGCACACACACACACACAUUUGGAUUUUGUUAAUCCACAGGACAACUGAACAAACAAUAAAGGUUUUGUUUAUGAGUCCAAGUGAAGUGCCAAACUGCUUUCAGGAUUUUCUCAACAAGCUACAGAAUGAGUCAGUGGGGCUGACAGAGCCGACAACGUGAAGGUUGGAAACAUUUCCUGGUUUGAUUUCAGGGUUCUGCUCCUGUUCUCAGGAUUAUGUUGAAAAUAUGUAACUCUAAUCAUUUGAUCAAAAUGUAGAUAUAAUGGUAGGGAUAUAUUUUAAUAAAAAGAGAGAA